UUUCGAUGGUGCCAAUGCUGAAGGGAUCGCCCUGCUUCCACACUCUUCUCGUCGGAAAGAACAGAUCGACCAUGACACAAUUGACCACUCCGUUGGUUGCGUGCGCACUCUUUACCAUUCCCACUGUUCGAUAGUCUACAACAUUAUAACUGAGGCCAAACAGCAGAAGCAAGCGGAAGCAAGGAAGGACAGCCAGGAUGAAGCGGACUUGCGCCAAGUCAAGGUCAACUACAACGCAGUUGGGUCCACUGCGCAUGUCAUUGUGGAUCCUUCUACUACUAAUUGGGAAUGUCGCUGCUGUCGGGAACGUCUCUGUCUCCUCUUUGGAGUCGAGCUCUACUAGUAGUAGUAGUGAAGAAGAACACUUACUGAGUGGUGUGUGGAAUGGUACUAGUAGUAUCAGUGGAGGUUUGGAAUGGUCCUCCAGCCUGGACAAUGCUUCUACUAGUAUUUCUACUAGUAUGUCUACUAGUAUUGCUACAAUUUCUCCAACCAAACAACAAGAAGCUCCUCAGUGGAUGAUUGACUUUAUGGCUUUUCGCAAACGUCUAUUUCUGCGGACCGUGGAACCAGUGAUUGUGUUUUUGUUGGGACCCGGAGAUCCUGAUUUUGACAAAAACCAAGUGGAAGAAGAGAAAAACAAAAAUGUCCAAGAGAUCGUGAUCACAAACAACAAUCUACACUCGGAUGAACAUCAUCGUCGCCUGGGAUUUCUACCGAACUACGUGGUGGACGUAUAUGCCUUCAAGGAAACGAGCAUGUCCUUUGCGACCCUUUUCAUGCUCUUUUCGCUGCUCUCGUGUCUCUUUUUGAUUUUCCUCUCGUGUUUCUACCACAAUCAAAAGACGUCGCCACUCUUUAUCAGUCCCAGACGACACAGACUCCCCAAAUUGGUGCCUCCGCCGCUACCCGUCGAUGGAUACUUCAAGUGGGUCAAAGUCUGCUUCUUUCUCUCGGACGACGAAAUUGUGCAUCGCAUUGGAUACGAUGCUCUCAUCUUUCUACGAUUCCACAGACUCGCACUUCGGUGCAUUGUCAAAAUGUCAGUCUUUUCUUUUAGUGUACUAUUGCCACUCAAUUUCACCGGAGGAGGACACGCCAAUGCACAAGAUCUCAAGGGAUAUGUGGGAUCACUAUUCUUUACCGACUUUCUCAGAUUCACAAUGGCCAAUGUAUCGGGAGGAUCCCCACGAUUGUGGGUACACUGUUUUGCCGCAUAUCUACUUACGGCCAUUGUCGUGCGAGAAUUGCUCGCCGAGUACGAAACAUUCAACAGCAUUCGACACACAUACUUGCUAUCACGAGAACCGCAUUUGCGCACGGUUCUCGUCACCAACAUUCCACGACAUUUGCGGUCACGACAAAAAAUCAAUAGUUACUUUCGACACGUUUAUCCACAAGCUGUUCAACAAGUCAUUCUCUGUCAAAAUGUCAUGACGCUCGAACAACUGGUCCGACAACGAACGUCGGUACUCUCCCAAUUGGAAAAGGAAUUGUUGCUGCUUUGUCGCACGGAAAAGUACAAACUAUUUCAACCCGAACAACAACGUCGCUUGUCCAAACGAGCAUUGGCCAGUUGUUGUCGGUGCAGUUGUUGUGGUACCAACAAUCCUUCACUCACCAGUUGGACAUUGGCACUGCAGCAUGUUUUGGGCGUACGACGAUGUUUGGAAAAACUACAUUUGGUGCCGGGCACACAAGAACGAUUGACACGACUCUACACGCUACUCGAAUCACUCAAUCAAGACAUUGAACAGGAGCAACGACGACGUCGGCGGGUCAUGAAAAUGCUCGAUCGCAUGGAAGCGGGAGGAGACGGAGCACGAGAUAUUGACUAUCUAUUGGCACUUUCCAGUCCAUAUGCCAACAAGCAGCACUCGAGCAAAAAGAAUCGAUUGGGUUUGAUCAUGCCACCGCCGCCUCCACCACCCCCUCCUCCGCCGCCGCCAUUGCCGCUACAACAGCAACAACCGCCAGAACAACCCAUGCCCACCACGGCGGCCAAGAAUGAACACGUCUUGCGAGCACGGAGUCCCAUUCAUGCUGCCGUGCCGGGGAAUACCACCAGCAGUGACGAUGUCGAUGAUGGAAUCAGUGAUGCCCAACACUUGGCGGGUGGGCCAACGGCAGUCGACAACAAAAAGAGCAACAAGCCCAUACGCAGCAAAAUGCAACGACUCUCUCGUAUGGUGGGCUCGUCCUUGACGACGGCCACUUCUGGCACGGCUCCAGACAACAACACCAAUGGCAUGUCUGAAAUGGUGGCCGAUUCCUACGUUCCGGCACCGGACAGUGAUUCCCAACAGGCCACUACCGAGGAACAAUAUAAUAAUGGACGAGGAGCACCACCACCGCCCCCUCCUCCGCCGCCGCCACCACCACCACCGGCUGCGCAUAUUGAAGAUCAUCUCAAUGAAGUCAGUGACAAGGCAUUUGUCGUCAUGCAAACAUUUACGGCAGCAACGAUUGCCAUUCAAUCCAUGCACAGUUCUCGUCCCGGAUCUAUGCAAGUCAGUACGGCUCCCGAACCACGAGACAUUUUAUGGGACAACAUUUACGUCUCCAAGGGGGCCACACGAACGAGGAGCUAUAUUGGAGAGUUUUUGGUACUCCUCAUCAUUACCUUUUACGUGGUCCCCAUUGCAUUGGUCUCGUUGUUGGUCAGUGAAUCGGCAUUGGUCAGUUCCUCCCCGCGUCUGGAACAACUCGACCAAGCCAGUGCCUUUUUCAGUACUACCAUUGCCAUGGUCCAACCACUCUGUAUUGUCAGUAUUCAGCAAUUGCUCCCGCCGCUCUUUAUUGCCAUUGGACGUGCCGAAGGGUUGGUGAGCUUUUCCGAAGUCCAAAUGCGAGCCUUUUCACGCUACUUCUUGUUCCAAGUCUUGAAUGUCUUUUUGGUCACCACCAUUGCCGGGUCCAUCUUUGAUACCAUUGCCAUCAUCGUGGAAAACCCGGAAGCCGCCUUUGAAAUGUUGGGGAAUUCCUUGCCGCGAAUGUCGAGUUUUUUCAUCACGUUUGUCACCAUCAAGACUUUUCUCGGGUUAGGUCUGGAAUUGGUACGCACCAUGUCUCUGGUACAGGCAACGAUUCGGUAUUUGCUCUUUCCCAAUUCCACGCUCCGCACGCAACGAACGGUGCUCAUGGGAAUGCGAGCCAUUGACGACCCCGGCUGGUUCCCUUUUCACAAGAUUCUGGCCCAAGACAUGCUGGUCGUUGUCUUGAGUGUCGUCUUUGCGGUCGUGGCACCGCUUGUGCUAUUCCCGUGUGCUCUCUUUUGCCUCUUUAGUCGAAUCAUGUGGACUCAUCAUCAUUUGUACGUCUACGAGAGUGUUUUUGAGAGUGGAGGGCAGUUCUGGCCCAAGAUCUUUCGGCGCUUCAUCUUUGGUUUGAUCAUUGCCCAGAUGACCAUAACGGGCCAAUUCAUCUUGAAAGAAGCAAGACAUGAAGCUUACGCCACCAUUGCGCUCAUGUUCAUGACAUAUCUCUUUCUGAGAAGCACCCGUGCAAGGUAUGACCCUACGAGUUCCACGUUGCCUUUGGAAGUGGCUACUGUAAUGGAUAUCAAGCUGCAUCAAGAACAGCAACAACAAGCAUCAGCGGCCGCAGCUGCUGCGAACCUGUCUGGAGAAGUGCCCCAAACGGGACCUCACAUUCAUGCUCGAAACGAGCCACACGAGAAUCCCACAGAGGAAGCUUCAGAUACGGUCCCUCCACUACCCGAUUUGGGCGUUCGGAUUGGCCCCUACGAUCCGUUCGAAAAUGCGUACGUUCAACCGGCUCUCCGCGCCAAUCCAAGAGCUCGACCUGAGCAACCCUUCCCUCCGGCCCAACUUGGACGGGAGGACAUGACCACUGCGUACGUUCAAACCGUGGCUGCUGCCAGUGGAGCAGCUCCUUUGGGUGGCAUUGAUGCUCAACGAAUUCAGCAGCAGCAACCCGUUUCCCCCGUGUUUGACAGUGGAGCUCGAGUCCGAUUGAAGGGUCUCCAUCAACGGGAUCGACACAAUCUAAACAAUUGGUGGAAUGAGCAGCUGAGACAAUGCGGCGACCAGAACUUUUUCAAGAUCUUGAUGGGUGAGGAGUGUGGAAACCUGAGAAUCACAGAAAACGAAUUUGGGGCUCCGUCCCUCGUGAAUCGGAAGAAGGGAUUGGGGAAGCCCUACGAAAUUGUUUAGGAAGUUGAAAGUAGAUGAGAGGUCUUUAGCCAGCUGCCCGCAUUUCUAGUGAGGGAGGUUUCAGACGCUUUGGUAUCACCUUCGCCUUAGAUAUUUAAUCAUGGAUCACAUUUAUUGCUGAAGAGGAACGAUGAAUCAAGGAACGACCCGACUCUUUGGCUAGCUAGCUCCGGGCUUUCAGGUAGCAAGGCAGUCAAUUUCAAGUGUCAACGUAUCGGUUAUGAAAUUUUUCUAUUUGCUCCUUUGCCUUGCUGGAUGUGGUUUGGGCAUAAAGGGCCCGGGCAACGGUUUUCACGUGCACAGACUUUUGAAUCCAUGGAGGCGCUGCUUCAAGUGCACUCCAGCCAGUAUGUCGAAUCGAACUUCCAAUCUUCCAAUGCUUGUCAUUAUGCAACUUUUCUCGGCCGGUCAAGCUUUGUCCACGAUUGCUUUCCUAGCAGAGAUCUGACCCCUUCAAGAAGUGGCCUUUGUUGGCACCAGGUUUGGUGAGUUUACUGCGCCUAGUGCUUCCAGAAACUGCUUGCACUAACAGCGCUGAGGCACUCUCCAGAGUCUUGAGAAUUCCACCAUUCUUGGCUUUGGGGUUGCCAGCCACAAAUGCUUGCUUCUUGGUGCCAUGGCCACUGCCACCAGUAAGGUUGCUGAGGUGCUUUGUUGCUUUCCCUUCAUGGCCAUACUUUCUCUGAAAGUGGUUCCAGUCUUCCGACUCUGUUUCGUGUUGUGCAGUAUCGGUAUAACUAAACAUUUUCCUUGUUGGCAACUACUUCUCUCCAAAAUCAAUGCGCACUGGACCUUGCCUUUUGCAAAUGAGUUUCUCUAGUAGCCAGCCAGUAGUGAGUGCGCGCAUUUUUUGGCCAAGUUGCUACUGUAGAACUCAGAUUCUGUGUCGGAUUCAUCUCCAGUUAUUCAGUGCUCACAGCUUUGAUGCUUACAGUUGUCACCUGCAUUCAACCAGUUGAAAAGAAGCUGUCAAGGAUGUGUCAAGGCAAAGGAUGGAUGGACGAUGGCCGGUUGACUGGACCAAUAUUAUAACCCCUUUGAGCUGCGAGGGUAUGCCGGGAUACUCACUGCGACAGUCCUCUCCGGGCAUACCGGUAGUGGUACCGGUAUCAGUGUAUUGAGCUGGCCAGCUGCGCACUAUUUUGCUGUGUAUGCACCGAAGCAAAUCGGAUGUGCACAUGCCAAGGAUCUCAACUACUGCCUUGUACUUUCUAAACUACUUGGUAAGCAGACGCCUAGAUUCCAUCGAAGCUAAGCGACCACCUAGCUGGUCUCUACCUCGCGGGCAAAGCAAGACUAUUCAUUUCCUAAUCCUAAUUUAUUGUCACUUUGAGAAUUCUCUCAGAUGGCAUGCGGUGCUUUCAAUGGCGACAUGCAUACGUACGGUACUGGUUGCUUUUCAUCCAAAAGUUAGAUAUAUGCAUUUUGUUAUUUAGCUUCCUGGUUGUGCAAUUUGCGCCUUAGUAUCGGGCAGAAACGAAGCUAGGUAUUCUAUUAAUAGGUUCAAAUGUGGAGACACUUGCCGUGGAGGUGCUUCAAGCCCCCUCCACAGUCCAGUAUUGCCAAUUCCACGCGGACAAACUUCCUGCCUUGCUACCUGCUGCUUCUUCUUCGAUCCUCGUGAAGUCUCUUCCGUUGUCCUCCACUGCUUUCGCUGAGAUCUGAGCCCUUAAUGAAAUGGGCUUUGCUGGUUCCGGGUUUGGUGAGUUUGUUGCUUUUGCCACUUCCGGAAGCUGCUUGCACCAGCAGCACUGAAGAGCUGGCCAGAGUCUUCAGAAUUCCACCAUUCUUGUUGGUUUGGGAAUCAACUGGCACAAAUGCUUGCUUCUUGGUGUUGUGGUUGCUUCCAGACAUGAGAUGGCUCAGGUGCUUGGUUGCCUUUCCUUGUUGCCCGUACUUUCUCUGGAAAUGAUUCCAGUCUUCAGUUCCAUCUUGCCCAGCAGAACCAAACAUUUUCUACUAGUAGUAUUCCAGAUCGAUGAAGAUUGAGGUAUGCCUCGGUUUAUGCAGGCUAGCAGGUCCGCUGUCCGCUCGAUGCUCGCCAGCUUCUCAGAAUGCUUUGUUGUGGCUCGUCCUUCGCAAACUUCUGAUCGACCAGGUUCCUUUUCUUUGAAUGGAUGCAUCGGAAUCUUGAAGAUCGAAAACAAUGCGGUCACACCAUCUCUCAAAGGGGGAAGAGAUUAAUUAAUAAUA